GGAGGCAGUGAUGCCACAGGCAGAUUGGCGGAGUCUGUGACCUGUUCCCCACCGCGCUGAGGCUCUGAAGCGCAGCAGCAGGUGCUGAGUGCUGGGCCCAGGCUGCCCCCCUGCCCUGCAGCCCAGAGCAGGGCUCCUGCAAAGACCUGUCAGCGCUGACCUGGAAGGGAAGGAAACGCCACUGGAGACACCAUGCGUGAGUGCAUCUCUAUUCAUGUUGGCCAGGCUGGAGUUCAGAUAGGAAAUGCAUGCUGGGAACUCUUCUGCCUGGAGCAUGGCAUUCAGCCAGAUGGCACCUUCAAGGAUCUGCACGAUAAAGCCAACAAUGAUGACUCUUUCAUCACAUUUUUCAAUGAAACGGCCACUGGGAAGCAUGUGCCACGAGCUGUAAUGGUGGACUUGGAACCAACCGUAGUAGAUGAAGUGCGGGCUGGCACCUUCCGGGAACUUUUCCAUCCAGAACAGCUGAUCACUGGAAAGGAAGAUGCAGCUAAUAAUUAUGCCCGUGGCCACUACACCAUUGGCAAAGAAAGCAUUGAUAUGGUGCUUGAUCGUGUCCGUAAACUGACUGAUGCCUGUUCUGGGCUGCAAGGAUUCCUGAUCUUCCACAGCUUCGGUGGGGGCACCGGCUCUGGCUUUACCUCCUUACUGAUGGAACGCCUCUCCGUGGAUUAUGGAAAGAAGUCCAAACUGGAGUUUGCCAUCUACCCAGCCCCUCAGGUCUCCACCGCUGUGGUGGAGCCCUACAACUCCAUCCUCACCACACACACCACCCUGGAGCACUCGGACUGUGCCUUCAUGGUGGAUAACGAGGCCAUCUACGACAUCUGCCGCCGAAACCUGGACAUUGAGCGCCCCACCUACACUAACCUCAACCGCCUCAUCAGCCAGAUCGUCUCCUCCAUCACCGCCUCGCUGCGCUUCGACGGGGCCCUCAACGUGGAUCUGACAGAGUUCCAGACAAAUCUGGUGCCCUACCCACGCAUCCACUUCCCCUUAGUGACCUAUGCCCCCAUCAUCUCCUCUGACAGAGCACAUCAUGAGCAGCUCUCGGUAGCUGAAAUCACCAACGCCUGCUUUGAGCCCAACAACCAGAUGGUGAAGUGUGACCCAAGACACGGGAAGUACAUGGCCUGCUGCAUGCUCUACCGUGGGGACGUUGUUCCCAAGGAUGUCAAUGUAGCAAUUGCUGCCAUCAAGACCAAGAGAACUAUCCAGUUUGUCGACUGGUGCCCAACAGGCUUCAAGGUUGGGAUCAACUACCAGCCUCCCACAGUAGUUCCUGGUGGAGACCUGGCCAGAGUUCAGCGAGCAGUCUGCAUGCUGAGCAACACCACGGCCAUUGCAGAGGCUUGGGCAAGGCUCGACCACAAGUUUGAUCUGAUGUAUGCCAAGAGAGCUUUUGUGCACUGGUAUGUGGGUGAAGGCAUGGAGGAGGGAGAGUUCGCAGAGGCCCGAGAGGACCUGGCUGCCCUGGAGAAAGACUAUGAAGAAGUCGGAACUGACUCAUUUGAAGAAGAAAAUGAUGGGGAGUAAUUUUAAAAUAUACUUUGUUCCUUAUGAGCUCGUAAUUGUCUCUGUAUCACUGCACUGCACAUGUCUAUGAUUAGGCUAUCCCUUUGAUGUUAUAUACUUAGGAGGGGUCAUAUAGAGACAUUUUUGUUCCAUAAAUCACAGGUAAAUUGUUGUGUAAGAUAUGAUCAGUUGUAGUCAUGCCCUACCACUCCCAGCAAUGCAAAAAGACUUGCUCUUCCUCCUUGCACAUUUAAUGUAAGCCUCCUCAAGGUCUAAAACACAUGCUAAACCCACUACAGUUCAUUAUAUGCAAGCUUAUAAUGGAGCACAUUGAGUCAGUAGAGUUUUCAAAGUUCAGAUUUGACAUACCUUCUCCUUUCACUUGUUGGUAUAUCAGAAAAACAGCAUCUCUGCUCUGUGCUCUAUUAUCCUCUCAUUGACCUUCAGCUGACUGACCUAAAAGGGACUUUUCAUUAUUUUCUGAAACACCAUUCCUGAUAAAGCAAACACACAGCAGAAAUGUUAAAGCAAUGCAAUUUUUCCACAUUUGGGGGAUAAACGUCUGUGUUGUGAAAAAAAUUAUCCUUUUUGGUUGGGUAGAGCUGCAGCAGGCAUAAGAAUUUAUUGCUUUGAAAUUGUUGAAACGAGAAAAUUAUCUCCUAAGAACAUUUCAGUAUUCCUUACUUGCCUGGAUUGUUCAUCCUCUGCAAGAAGCAACCUAUGCUUUAUCCAGCAGACCCCUGUGCCAGGUGUGACAAACUUUAUUAAGUGCCCCAUGUGCAAGUGAGACUGCAAUGCAGACAUUUGAAUGUUCACUCUAUAACUCAGAGUAGUGAACAAAGAUCUCAGAUUUAUAGGAUUCACAUCUUGCUGGGCAAUGCCAUUUGUUCUUGACUAGGAAACCCCUCAGCAACUUUUUAUCUAGGUCUAGGUGCCUGAUGGGAUGCACCCAUGAGUGUCAAGGUAGCUGGCAGAUGGCAUUGCAAGGCCACUCUUGAUAAUCUUUGAUUGAUCAUGCUGAUUGGGAGAAGUAACCAUAGACUGGAGGAAGGCAAAUGUCACUCCUAUCUUCAAAAAGCACAAGAAGGAAGACCCAGGGAACUACAGGCUGGUCAGCCUCAUCUCAAUCCCUGGGAAGGUGAUGGAGCAGCUAAUCCUGGACAACAUUUCCAGGUACAUGAACAAGAAGAAAAAAAAUCAGGUGUGCUCAGAAGGGAUUCACCAGUGGAAAGUUGUGCUUGACCAACUCAGUAACCUUCUAUGAUGAAACAGUUGGCUGGUAGACAAGGGGAGAGCCAUGGAUAUUGUCUACCUAGACUUGAAUAAGGUUUUCAAUACUGUUUCCCAUAAGAUCCUCAUAGAGAAGUUGUUGAAGUACAGGUUGGUUGAGCAGACAGUGAGGUGGACUGAAAAUUGGCUGAAUGGCCAGGCCCAGAGGGCAGUGAUCAGUAGCACAAAGUCUAGUUGAGGCCUUUAACUAGCAGUGUACCCUAGGGUCAAUACUUUGUCUAGUCCUGUUCAAAAUCUUAAUUAAUGCUCUGGGUGAUGGGGCAGAAUGUAUCCUUAGCAAGUUACAAAUGACACAGAACUAGGAGGAGUGGCCGAUACACCAGAGUUGUGUUGCCAUUCAGCGCGACCUGGAUAGGCUGGAGAAAUGGGCUGAAGGAACCUCAUGAAGUUCAACAAGGGGAAGUGCAAAGUCCUGCACCUGGGGAGGAAGAGCCCACCAAUAUACUCUGGGGGCCACCUAGCUGGAAUGCAGCUUUGCAGACAAGGUCCUGAGGGUUCUGGUGGACACAAAGUUGAACAUGAGCCAGCAAUGUACCCUUGCUGCAAAGAAGGCAAUGGUAUCCUGGGCUGCAUUAGGCAAAGUAGAUCAUAGAAUCAGAAUACCUCAAGUUGGAAGGGACCCAUAAGAAUCAUCUAGUCCAAGUCCCUGCUGCUCACAGAACAACCUAAAACUAAAUCAUAUGACUAAAAGCAUUGUCCAGAUGCUCCCUGAACUCUGACAGGCUUGAUGCCAUAACUGCUUCCCUGGGAAGCCUGUUCCUGUGACUGACCACCCUCUCAGUGAAGAACCUUUUCCUAAUGUCCAAUUUUAACUUCCUCUGAUGCAGCUUCAUUCCAUUUCCUACUGUUCUACCACUGGUGACCAGAGAGAGGAGACCAGCACCUUCCCCUCUACUGCCUCCCCUUGAGGAAGUUGCAGGCUGCAAUGAGGUCACCACUCAAUCUUCUCCAAGCAGAACUAGCUAAAUUACCUCAGUCACUCCUAGUAAGUCUUGCCCUUGAGGCCUUUUACCAGCUUGGUUGCCUUUCUCUAGACACACAUCAAUAGUCUGAUGUCCUUCUUACAUUGAGCUGCCCAAAACUGCACACAGUACUCAAGAUGGGGCCACACCAGUGCAGUGUAGAGUGAAAAAAUCACCUCCCUUGACUGGCUAGUGAUGCUGUGCUUAGAGAGGUUGAAGAAGGUGAACCUUCCAUUCUGCUCAGCACUAGUGAGGCCACACCUGUCCAGCUCUGGACUCCUCAGUACAAGUGAGCUAUGGACAUAUUGGAAAGAGUCCAGCAAAAGGCCACAAAUAUGAUUCAUGGACCGAAGCAUCUCUCCUAGGAGGAAAGGCUGAGAGAGCUGGGACUGUUCAAUCUGGAGAAGGCUCAGGGGGUAAUCUUACCAAUGUAUAUAAAUAGCUGAAGGGAGAGUGUAAAGAAGAUGGAGCCAGGCUCAUUUCAGUUGUGCCCAGAAGAUAUAAGAGGCAAUGGACACAAAGUGAAACAGUGCACAGUCUGUCUGAACAUCAGGAAACAGCUUUCUACUCUGUGGGUGACGAAGCACUGGCACAAGUUUCUUACGGAGGUCAUGGAGUCUCAAUCCUUGAGAUAUUCAAAAGUCAUGUGGAUAUGACCCUGGACAACUGGCUUUAGGUAGCCCUGCCUGAGCAGAGGUGUUGGACCAGAUGACCUCCAGAAGUCCCUUCCAACCUCAGCUAUUCUGUGAUUCUGUGAUCUUCUUCAUGUAGAGAUUUCUAUUUCUGUUGGCAGUUGCAUCUCACAGUGCAACAUCAGAUUGAACUUGUAUACUCUGUAUGCAUUAUAUGGAUUUAAUUAACCAGAUCAGUAAAUUACGAAAAUAUGAAGUCAUGGGAUACCAUAAAUGUCUCUGUUUAGAAAAACAUCCCUAUUCAAGAUACACUUGAUUAUGUACCUAAAAUGAAGCAAUAAAAGUACUACCCAACCUCA